GACAUCAAUACAUUUAUUACUUAGGAUCUUUUUGCUUUGGAUUGACUAAUUUUCACGAUUUCGCGAUUUCACGCCUUGCAAAAAUCAGAUAAUGGCACAAGCACAGGCCACCAGAGGAGAUUCGUUAACGAGGGAGCUUCGUAAUUAUUCCGUAAAGUACGUGAAGAUUUCCGAGGAUGAGACGUCUGACAGUAGAAGGCUGGUGAAAGAUUAUAUUGAAGACCAGGUCAUGAAGUACUGUCGGCAGUAUUCCACACUUCCAAUCUUGAGGCUGGAGUACACAGGGAGCGUGUAUGAGAGGCUUAAAACGGAAGCUGCCGAUGAAGUCGACGUCAUGGUAGUGCUGCAGACGACUAAGUCAGAAGUUGUACUCGAAGGCUGCGGAGUACCUGGUUAUGCCCGGCUCGAGGCAAGAAGUGACUCAAAGUUUCGCACCCGUGAUUAUGUAAGCGCGGAGGGCUACAUAAAUGCUGAACGCCUUCGAAAUGGCUGGUUCUACAGUCUUGUUGUCCAAGCAGUCAAUAAUUUCAGAGCUUCUAAUGUAAACAUGGUUGUGCGAACCCAUGGCCCAGCAGUUCAGCUUGAUAUCGUCAGAAAGGGAACAAACCAGAAGUUACUAUCAGCAGAUCUUGUUCCUUGCUUUCAGGUGGGGCCAGACAUGAGCUACUAUGUGGCCAAGCCGUAUACAGGGCGCAGACCAGUUUCCAAUCGAGAUCUUCUUUGGAGACAGUCGUUUUCAUUGAAGGAAAAAGGAAUCCUGGAGUACAUGGAUAGAGAUCAUGGCUGUAGGCACGAGCUCCUCAGAAUCGUGAAGACGAUUGUAAAGAGGAAUCCAACGUACUUCGGGAGUCUGGAGUCAUACCACUUGAAGACGGCCUUUAUGCAUUACAUGAAGAGAGAGGCCCAGGGUUGGAGUAGCGGGAACGCAUUGGAGAAACAUUUCCUUGGUUUUCUCAGGGCGUUGCAGAGCUAUUUGGAGAUGAGUAAUCUUCCUCAUUAUUGGCUGCCCGGCGUAAAUCUUCUGGAAGACAUCAACCCAGUGGUAACCAGAAACAUGGCGGACCGUCUAAAGAGAAUUCUGAACAGCGACGCGGAAAUGAAUAAAAUUCUUGCAUGAAUCGGAUUGAAUAGAUUUGGUUACACUCGAGAUCUGAAUUACAUUAGCAGUGUAUUAACAGUUUAAUCGUAUAGCUUGCUGUGACAUUAAGACAAAAGUCUCUAGACUAAGAAAUAUAGUGAAGGACGUCACCUAUCUAGGUCAAGCAUGAUUAAUUCGAAAGCUUUGUGUUGCUUGAACCACUGGGAAAUAAUCUCAAAAUCGAAUCGAUCACAAAAUUAGCAUGGAGUUAAUUACUUGCUAUUUAUUUCCAGAGAGUGUAAAAAAGCUUUGUAAGAUUAAAAGUGCAGAAUUGCAGAA